AUGGGCGUCUGCAGGAGUAAGCCCAAGCCGAGGGUAAGCCUGUUGUCUGUAACCCAACGAGAGAGUAUAGCGACCAUGUUGGGAUCUACUAUUGUGGAGCCACGUCCAGUAUCUAAACUUGCCAUUCUAACAAUUUGGCGAGAACUCCUCACCGAUUACUUGCUCGAUUUGUUUCUAGAAUACCUUUUCAAAACUGAUGAUAUCAUACAAAUAGACGAUUUGGAGACCUUUUAUUAUAACAUGGUGGCGGGCCCAACAGAGAACCGCGCUAUUGUAAUAAUGUCUAUGCUCGGUACCGAUGAAAGUAUUCAUCCUCAAACCUUGCGCAAGUACAUAGUAAAUUUAUUGCUGUCUUAUAUGAACGUUCUCAAUAAGCACAAAAACGCGGCUUUCAAAUCCUGGGAACAUGGAGACUGCGUUUUCGAAAAGGAUCUUAACACCUUGGCAGACUAUUGCAUGAAGGAGAUCGUCUAUUCAGAGAAUGGUAAGAUGGAAAUAAAAGAACUGGAAAGAUGGCUCAUCGUGUGCAGCUUCCUGCGAGAAGUCUUCGAAUCCAUUUUACACUUUAUUUGCAAUAUGGACGUCGGGGAGUUGAAACCUAUGCUUCCGGUGGCUGAUAGUCAGAGUAGCACUCUGAGGUUGCCAUUGGUUCUGCUGCUGUCCCACCUGACUCGGAUCCACACAAAGAAGAUGUGGAGGUUACUCUACGACUCUUGGAGUGAUCCGCAUUCCUGGACCAUUCUGCAGUCGGCCAUCUCAAACCAGGGCCCGAACUUGGUCGUCAUCGAAGAGACAGGCGGUUUUGUCUUCGGUGGUUUCGCCUCGCAGUCUUGGAAGAUUAACACCGGUUUCUUUGGGGAUUGCGGGUGUUUCCUUUUCCGCCUAAGGCCGGAUAUAAUCAUAUGUUCAGCCUCUACAACCAACAAUCAUUACCAAUACCUCUUUGACGGCCAGGGCAUGUUCCCCAAAGGUUUGGCAUUUGGAGGUUUUCCUAACUACUUUGGACUUUUCUUGAAUCCUGAUUUCGGACCCGGGCAAGUUUCAGAGACUUGUGAUACCUUUUCGGAUUACGAACCUCUAAGUGAAGAAAAGAAUUUCUAUUUCAGCCGGAUUGAAGUUUGGGGGAUUGGUAAUCCUGAAAGGAAAAAGACUGGAAGCAUUGAUAGUACUAAUUCCUCUUUCGAUCCGUACAUGAUGGAAGUUAAAAGGCUUCUGGGCAGUACUACAUCCAACGACUUUAACAAAACCUUUCAGGAGUCAGAAAGAUGGAAAUUCGUGUAA